UCAGCGUGCGCAGCUCGAGUACGAGGCGUCUCUGCUUAUCCAGCGCUCUUCAGCUGUGGCCCGGCAAGGGUCUUUCUUGGAAACUGAUUGGUGAUUGGACUCCAUGAAUACAAGGUUUUAGGAUUUGAACUCCCCAAUCCCCUGUCUACCAUGGACCAGGAUUAUGAGAGACGUCUCCUGCGCCAAAUCAACAUACAGAAUGAAAAUACGAUGCCUUGUGUAGCAGAGAUGAGAAGAACACUGACUCCUUCCAACUCUCCAAUGUCUUCUCCAAGUAAACAUGGAGACAGGUUUAUUCCCUCAAGAGCUGGGGCCAACUGGAGCAUUAACUUCCACAGGAUAAAUGAAAAUGAAAAGUCUCCAAGUCAGAACAGAAAAGCAAAGGAUGCUACAUCAGACAAUGGCAAAGAUGGCCUUGCAUACUCUGCCUUGCUGAAGAAUGAACUCUUGGGAGCAGGGAUUGAGAAAGUGCAGGAUCCUCAAACAGAGGACAGGAGGCUGCAACCAUCUACACCAGAGAAGAAGAGCCUCUUCACAUAUUCCCUCAGUACCAAACGCUCCAGUCCAGAUGAUGGCAAUGAGGUCUCCCCGUAUUCCCUUUCACCCGUCAGCAACAAAAGCCAGAAAUUGCUAAGAUCGCCUCGAAAGCCAACAAGAAAAAUAUCCAAGAUUCCUUUCAAAGUGCUGGAUGCUCCAGAGCUGCAAGAUGACUUCUACCUGAAUCUUGUGGACUGGUCAUCUCUCAAUGUACUCAGUGUUGGCCUUGGUACCUGUGUCUAUCUGUGGAGUGCUUGCACUAGCCAAGUGACCCGGUUGUGUGAUUUAUCUGUGGAAGGUGAUUCUGUAACAUCAGUGGGCUGGUCAGAACGGGGGAACUUAGUAGCAGUUGGAACUCACAAGGGCUUUGUACAGAUCUGGGAUGCAGCUGCAGGGAAGAAAUUAUCCAUGCUUGAGGGUCACACAGCCAGAGUUGGUGCCUUGGCAUGGAAUGCAGACCAACUUUCUUCUGGGAGUCGGGAUAGAAUGAUCCUUCAGAGAGACAUCCGGACCCCACCACUACAAUCUGAGCGGCGGCUUCAGGGCCACAGGCAGGAAGUGUGUGGGCUAAAGUGGUCUACAGACCACCAACUCCUGGCAUCCGGUGGAAAUGAUAACAAGCUCCUUGUCUGGAAUCACUCCAGCCUGAGUCCCGUUCAGCAGUACACAGAACACCUAGCAGCAGUGAAAGCUAUUGCAUGGUCUCCGCAUCAGCAUGGCCUGCUGGCCUCGGGCGGCGGGACAGCAGAUCGCUGCAUACGUUUCUGGAACACUUUAACUGGGCAGCCUUUACAGUGUAUUGAUACUGGGUCACAAGUGUGCAAUCUGGCCUGGUCCAAACAUGCCAAUGAAUUAGUGAGCACUCAUGGAUACUCACAGAACCAGAUUCUCGUCUGGAAAUACCCCUCGCUAACCCAAGUAGCAAAGCUAACGGGGCAUUCAUACAGAGUUUUAUACCUGGCAAUGUCUCCUGAUGGAGAAGCCAUAGUUACAGGAGCUGGAGACGAAACCCUGAGAUUCUGGAAUGUUUUCAGCAAAACCCGCUCAACAAAGGAGUCUGUGUCUGUUCUGAACCUUUUCACCAGGAUACGGUAAACCCCACCUACUGCACACCAUGAGACCACAGUAUGAUAUACCGGGAGAAAACCACUAACUUGGCGUGCAUGGAUCCCCAGACUAUCAACCAGAAGAGGGGGAGGGAAGUGUCACUGGGAUUGAAGGAUGGACCUUCAAGAUACUUAUUAAAUACAUGAUUGUGAACCAUAUUGGACAGUAUUUGGGAUUUGGACUGGGAGGGUGAUGGAACUGCCAAAGGCUUCACUUUUCAUCAAGGGGCAUGGGUACAAGAGGGAAAACUGAAGAAAAAAAAACCUAAUCUGAUGUUGUACAUUGGGCAGAACUUGUAUGAUAUGGACCAUUAACUAAGACCAGACCAAGAGCAUCCCAACUGCUGCUUUGUUGCAUAUGAUGGGAGAAGAGUUUCCUUGUCUCUUUGGGGGGAAUGGUUUUAAUAUGCUGCUGUGGGUCUCUCAUUCUGCAAUUUGAUCAACAUCUUUGAAAGCAGGAGCUAGCCAGGCUUGAUCAGAUCUAAUUGGUGCAAAGCGACACACCUUUGAGCUGGGCAGCAGCCUCUCAAAUAACAAGGCACUGUUCUAGCCUUGCAUCCAUUUUCCAGGUAAAAUGGAGAAAUGCUUAUUUUUCCCCUUAACACAGUGUUCUCCAUUCUUAAAAAGAUGCUGCAGUACUUGAUAUGUCCGUUCACUUAAGUCAGUUUAAUUUUCAGCACCUCUGAUGCCUGGCUAUAAAAAUUAAUUCUUGUCUCUCAAUUUUUAGAAAGGUUUUAAUGGCCUUCUCAUGUGUUGAAGGGAAAGAUUACUGCACAAUCAACGUUUGUUUGUUUUUUAAAAGAAACAAUACAUGUUCAAGGCUGGUCUUUAGAUUUUUAGUUGAAUGCAUACAAACAAUGGCUUUUAUGAAGAUCCAGGAGUGUUUAUUUGGAGCUUCCUUCUGUGCCAAUUAUUGCAAACCAGUCGCUGCAGAGUGUCUUUCAGAGGACAAAACCAGUUGAGAUGAGUAUGUAAAAAGACUACUGUGGAUCUGUUUUAAAGGCAAUGCGAUUGUCUUUUCCACUUAAGAAGAAGGAAACAUCAUGUCUAAAUCUCUGCACAACUUUUUUUUUUUUUUUUUUAAUGAAUUAGGUCAAAGCCAGGGACCCAUUUUUAAGUUGUUAUGGGAGAGAGAUCCUGCCAGUGUGGAGCCUGUGUGAAGAAUGCAGUGGGAUGUGAUGCAAAGCACUUGAGUGUGUAUGUUGUUUUUAAUUUAAGAGAAGCUGUUAUGCUUGCAGCAGCCUGUUCCUGUCUCACUUUGUACAUGUGCCAACGCUCACCCAGCUGUGCUUCUGGCUCUUCUGCUCACCUCUUUGCCUCCUUUGUAACACAUUUGGAUGUAAGUGCUGUGUCCUGUUUUUUUGUUUUGUUUUUUUUUGUUGUUUUUCCGUGCGUGUGUAUAGACCUCGUCCUGUGUCAGUAUAGUGUGUAGGCAGAUACCUUUUGUGAAAUUGGACUGCAGGGCUGGGGGAGGUGUGGAACGCAGCUGUUUUGUUUGUUUUUUUUUUCCCCCCAACAUCACUAACCCAUUUUUUUGGAAAGCAAAGACAUCCAAGGUGGCGAGGCUGGUAAAAUGUAUUGGUUAACUCAUUCCAUGUUCACAACGGCCUUGACUGAGCAUGCCAUUCACACAGUGCCUGGAUGCUGCUCUCCUCAGUGGCUUGACACAAGCAUUAUGUGUACUGCAGAUGCUUCCAGGCUCUUGUGUGCCAGGUACAUGCCACGUUCCUUAGCAAAGUUGACAGCCUUGGGCAUCUUGAAAGCCAAAAGUGGGAUCAGAAAAUUCUUAUUUAUUCCCUUGCCCCUCUCUCCAUUCCCAGUCACAAUCUCAAACCAGCUCUGCUUUGCUGUUUUCUUGCUACGAAACUACUGGGAAUUGUAAAAAUAGUCUAAUGGCUUCCAGACUCCUUUCCUGCUGUUUUGUUACAUCCAUUGGCAUCUUUAAACGUCACAAUGCUGAAAUAUCCAUCGUAAAGCUCUGCAGAAUUGUUACCCAAUUAGAUUAAGUUGGGCAAGCAUGUUUGAAUUGAAAA